AUGACCACCACCCUCUCCUCCGAACCACCUCCGGUAACCUCCAGUCCCCGGAUUUCCUUCUCCGCCGACUUCCUCGACGAUGCUAACUUCAUCUGCAUUACACCACACGACAGAGAGAAAGAGAAAGAUAAAGAGAAAGAGAGAGAAAAGGAGAAAACAAGGAACGUCGGCGAGUUUGAGUUUCUCUCCGGUGAUACAACCACUCCGACGACAAUGCUGACGGCGGACCAGCUGUUCUUCGAAGGGAGGCUACUACCUUUCCGACAGAAGCAAUUUUGCGAGACGCUAGCGAAAAUCAACCUGAAAACGGAAGGGAAACCGGAAGAGGUGAAGGAAGAUAGUAGUAACAGUAACAGAAUGAGUUGGUUUAUAGAUGAAGAUCCGUCUCCGAGACCACCGAAAUGUACGGUUUUAUGGAAGGAGUUGUUACGGUUGAAGAAACAACGUCCGUCUUCUCUCUCGCCCUCUUCCUCUUCUUCUUCGUCUUCGUCGGCUUCCUCCAUUGAUGAAGAUUCGAAGAAAGAGAAACAUCAGGUGAAGAAGGUUAAAAAGGGGCUAGAGAGAACCAGAUCGGCGGGGAUUAAAAUCAGACCGAUGAUUAACGUUCCGAUUUGCAGUCAAGGAGGAGGGCGGAGCAACUCUCUGCCGCCUCUUUUUGCGCUGAGGAAAAGUGGAAGCGGAGUACUGGACAGGUAG